AUGCAGUUCACCACCGCCACCAUCGCCCUCCUCGCCGCCGCCGGCAGCUCUCUCGCAGCCCCAGCCCCAGCCUCCGCCGCCGGCAAGUCCAUGAUGGCCGACGCCUCCACCUGGACGCUCCAAGACUUCGUCCGCACCUGCGCCUCCGGCAGCUGCACCUACGACUACAGCAUCAACCUCAACGACGGCAGCGCCGCCACGCACUGCAACUACCAAGUCACCGGCAACCCCGCCGAGCAAGCCGCCUACCAGAACGUCGCCUGCGGCCCCUUCGUCAUCGGCAGCACCUGGUCCGGCCAGUUCGGCGCUGGCCAGGGCUUCCAGACGCUGUCGGUUGUCAAGGAUAGGCAGAUCAUCUUCCCGGCUUAUACCGACAACCAGCUUGUUAGCGGACAGGUUGUCAAGCCGGAUCAGAGCUACACUCCUCAGAACUUGCCAUAG